AUGAGCAUCCCCCGCGCUGCUGGCCGGCGUCUCGCGCGCUCGUGGAACCAGAGCCAUAGCCAUAGCCAUGGCUAUCGCCCUUACUCGGCCGCCGCAUCUCCAGCAGCUCGUUUGAACCUGCCUGUCGACUACAAGACAACCCCUCUUCUACACCAUGCGCCGUCGUCGCUUGCUAGCUCCCAGGAGCUCCCUCAGUCUGCCACCACCAAGCGCAUAAACUUAUACCAAGCAAUCAACUCGGCUCUCAGAACGGCCAUGUCCGCCUCGGACAAGGUCAUUCUGUUCGGCGAAGACGUGGCUUUCGGAGGUGUAUUUCGCUGUUCUAUGGAUCUCCAGAUGGAGUUUGGAUCACACAGGGUCUUCAACACUCCACUGACAGAACAAGGAAUUGCCGGGUUUGCAAUCGGUGCUGCCGCUCAAGGCUUGAAGCCCGUCGCGGAAAUCCAAUUCGCCGAUUAUGUUUUUCCUGCCUUUGAUCAAAUUGUCAAUGAAGCGGCCAAGUUUAGAUACCGUGAGGGAACCACGGGGGCUAGUGCUGGAGGCCUGGUCUUUAGGAUGCCGUGUGGAGCUGUAGGACAUGGUGCUCUUUAUCACACUCAAUCUCCCGAAUCCUUAUUUGCCCAUAUUCCCGGUGUUCGCGUGGUGAUUCCACGAUCUCCAUCACAGGCAAAGGGACUGCUAUUGUCGUCGAUUCUAGAGUGCAAUGAUCCAGUGAUCUUUAUGGAGCCUAAGAUCUUAUAUCGGGCAGCUGUUGAACAUGUCCCCACAGAGUCAUACACCAUUCCUCUUAGCAAAGCGGAAAUUAUUAAGCCAGGCUCGGAUCUGACAAUCAUAUCUUAUGGGCAACCACUGUAUCUAUGCUCGCAAGCAAUAUCCGCCGUUGAGAAAGCAAGGAAGGGUGUGAACAUAGAACUUAUCGACUUGCGGACAAUAUAUCCUUGGGAUCGACAGACGGUUCUUGACAGCGUUCGCCGAACGGGCAGGGCUAUCGUAGUCCACGAAAGCAUGGUUAAUUAUGGAGUUGGCGCAGAGGUCGCCGCUACGAUCCAAGAAGGCGCCUUUUUACGGCUAGAAGCACCAGUCAAGCGUGUGGCUGGAUUAACCACGCAUAGUGGCCUGGCAUUUGAGAGUUUCAUCAUGCCAGAUGUUGCAAAAAUACACGAUGCAAUUACCCAGACACUGGAUUACUGA